GUUUGUAGCUCCGUUAGCUCUGGCAUUAAGUUAGUUGACCAGCCUUCAGCCGGCUGGACGCACAGCAGAAAGUGGAGUCAUUUUUUUUAUUUUUUAUUUUAUUUUUUACAACGACACAGAAGAGUCGAGCAGCAGGUGAACUAAGUAACACUUCGGGUGGAAGAAAACGUCGGUGGAGAUGUGUAAUAAGCUGCAUUGGACCCUGAGGUCUUACCUGACAGCUGUCACCGCACCUAGCUGCUGAAGCUAGCUGGCUAGGUGAGCUAACGGCUAGCAGUGUGUCUUCUCUCGGUUCAGACUGGAAAGCGGCGACUUCCCACCCUUAUAUCUUAUUGUUUUAUCACCCGUAUUUCGACUCCGGCUGCUGUUCAAACAGUUGUGUUUACGGGGUUGUUAUUUUUUUUUUUUUUUUUUUUGAGGUUCAGCUAGUUGGCUAACAUUUAGCUCGAAGCUAGCUCAUUCAAUUAUUGAAAAAUUGCUAAAGCGUUAACGCCGGCGCCUCAGCGACCAGCGGCGGGGUUUACCCACUUGUUGUUAACGAUAUUAAUACAUUUUGGACUUGAUCGUGCUUUGGACAACCUCUGAGGGGAGAUGAAGAAAUUUUUUGAUUCUCGCCGGGAGUUGGUGAGCUCCGGGCCUGGCUCCGGAGCCGGCGGAGGAGGCGCUGGUUCCGGCGGCGGUGGCAGCUUCAUCGGACGGGUCUUCACCAUUGGACGGUAUCAAGUGACCGUGGAGGAAAUUGUCGCUGAAGGAGGUUUUGCCAUAGUUUUUUUGGUGCGGACUCACCAGGGCCUACGUUGUGCACUAAAAAGGAUGUAUGUCAACAAUGAACACGAUCUGCAGGUCUGCAACCUUGAGAUACAGAUUAUGAGGGACCUAGUGGGCAACAAAAACAUAGUUGGUUUCCUGGACUCCAGCAUAACUGCAGUUGGAGCUGGCGAUGUGUGGGAAGUCCUAAUCUUAAUGGACUUCUGUCGAGGCGGGCAGGUGGUUAACCUAAUGAACCAGCGGUUACAGACGGGCUUCACUGAAGCCGAGGUGUUACAGAUCUUUUGUGACACGUGUGAGGCGGUCGCUCGUCUCCACCAGUGCAAGACUCCAAUCGUCCAUCGAGAUCUCAAGGUGGAAAAUAUUCUUCUGCAUGACCGGGGACACUAUGUGCUCUGUGAUUUUGGAAGUGCCACCAACCGCUUCCAAAACCCUCAGACAGAGGGGGUGCCCGUCGUGGAGGAAGAAAUCAAAAAGUACACUACUCUGUCAUACCGCGCUCCAGAGAUGGUCAACCUAUAUGGUGGGAAGAUCAUCACAACAAAGGCAGACAUUUGGGCCAUGGGUUGUCUACUUUAUAAGCUGUGCUACUUCACGCUUCCUUUUGGGGAGAGCCAAGUAGCUAUCUGUGAUGGGAGUUUUACUAUCCCAGACAACUCGCGCUACUCCCAGGACAUGCACUGUCUCAUCAGAUACAUGCUGGAACCUGACCCAGAUAAGAGACCAGACAUCUACCAAAUAUCCUACUUCGCCUUUAAACUUGCCCGACGAGAGUGUUCAGUUCCAAAUGUGCAUAAUUCACCUAUUCCUGCAAAACUUCCUGAGCCUAUCAGAGCCAGUGAAGCAGUGGCCAAAAAGAGUCAAUCCAAAGCCAGGCUCACAGACCCCAUUCCUACCAUGGAAACCUCAAUUGCACCUCGGCAACGACCCAAGGCUGGCCAGGCUCAGCCUCAGCCGAUAUCAGGCAUUCUUCCCAUCCAGCCAGCUCUCACCCCGCGCAAGAGACCCAAUGUGGCUGCUGGAGCACCCCAGGCCAUAGGUGUUGGCAUGAAUGUCCCACCAACAGCUGCAGCUGCUGUCCAACCUGCUCAACAGGCUCCUGCUACACAGCCAGUUCAGACCGCCAACAUGCAGCCGCAGGCUACACCGCAGCAUCAGCAGCUCCUCAUGAAGCAGCAGCAGGUCGCUGCCUUCUUAAGCCCGCAGAGUAACCAGCAGCAUCAACUGGUGCAGAGCCUCCAGCAACAGAAACAGCAAACAGCAUCUCACCCGUCUUCCCUGCUGCAGUCCAAAACUAAGCCUGUUCCUCCAGUUGUUGCCCUGCAACUGCAACACCAACAGCAGCAACAGCAUGUAACCUCUGUCCAUGAAACAGCAGCUUCUCAUCUGACCCCCAUCCCUGAGUCUGCAGUCGUUGGUACUGCAGCUGCCCCAGAGAUCGUGACGGCUGGCAGAGGGAUUCACAAAGUCGGCUCACUGACACCCCCCUCGUCGCCAAAGAUAGCCCCUAAGAGCGGCCACAGACGCAUCCUGAGUGAUGUCACUCACAGUGCCGUGUUUGGGGUCCCAGUCAGCAAGUCCACCCAGCUACUCCAGGCAGCCGCAGCUGAGGCCAGCCUCAAUAAGUCCAAAUCAGCCAGCACUACUCCCUCUGGUUCCCCCUGCUCAUCCCAACAGAGUGUGUAUCAUCCAGGUGAUAGUGAUGUCCAAGCAGCCUUUACUGCACCCAACCCGCAGCCCAGCUGGAACCCAUUUGGGGAUGAUAACUUCUCCAAGCUAACAGCGGAGGAGCUGCUUAACAAAGACUUUGCAAAGCUAGCUGAGACUGCUGCAACAGGAGAUAAGGCCACAGGCUCCAGUGAAAAUCUCAUUCCAGGCCUCAAUGCUUUUCCAGUGAAGGCAGAUGUGUGUGUCGAUUCACUAAUUCCUGGUUUGGGAGCCCCCCAGGCCCAGCGACAUUCAGGCCAGCCAGAGCUCAUCCCGGCCAGCGUGCCAGACUCUCUCACUGGGGAGGACUCUCUGCUGGGUUGCGAUCUGUUAUCUCAUACUUCACCUCAUGGAAACCAGUCUGUUUCUGCUCUCCCUUCCUCCUCCUGCUCCUCUGCUCCUCCUGGCUCCGGCUCUGGAUCCUGUCUGGAGGAUCUACCGCCCGGUCAGACAGCUUCUGACUCUGCUUUCCUCAUGUCGUGUGGGGAGAAAGGCAAUGAUGACGAGUUUGACCCUAUUCCCGUGCUCAUCUCCAAAAACUCAAAUCAAGAUGUGCAAGGGGAGAGUAAUGGCUACUCUGUGCUUGGUGAGGGACAAGAGACUGAACCUCCAGUAGGAGAAUCUCAAAUAAACGAGGGAUGUGUGCACUCCAGCGAUGAAGAUGAGGAGAAAGAAGCCUGUAAGGAAGAGCAGCAGGAGGAAGGAGCCAUUGAGAGUCAUGAAACAGCCCAUGACUGCAGUGGCUCCAGACCUCUGCUGGACUCUGAGGAUGAGGAAGAACCAGCACCUCAGUUAGCCCUCCUCCCACCAUCGCAGUCCAACGCAGCACCAACACAACCAUCUACUACCUUCCAUCAACCUACACCGAGCACAUUUGCUCCGAAUCAUUCCCAGCAUGUACACGAGCCAGCAAAGGGGGCAGAAGUCGCCACAGAUGUUUUCUCUCAAGCCCUAUUUCAGAUUAAGCAAGAAGAAGCAUGCGAUGUGUUCGCCAAUGCUCCGUUUCCGCGUCCCGCCCUUUCGGCUCAGCAGCAGCUCGAUGUGUUCUCUCAGGCUCCCUUCGGAAAACGAAAGGAGGCUACAGGAGCUCACCCCAAGACCUCAUAUCCUCAUGCUGCUGGAGUUCAAGGUGUAUCCCCUGAUCAAGGUGUGUUGGGACAAGUCGCCCAACAACCGUUCCGUCCUCAAGCUCUGGCCAAAUAUUCCCGACACUUUGAGGGACCUGUGCCGCAGCAGCCAGUAGCAGCUCAUAAAGUAGUGUCUAACGUGAGCAGGCAAGCCACUGUGGCGUCAGUCCCUGUUGGACCUCUUCACUCAUGGACCUCAGACGUGAGCACUGUAGACCCUUUCGUCUCUGCACCCUUUCACCUCAAGGCCCCGCAAGAAAAGCCCUGAACGCACACUCAGGGAGGUCAGAGCAGUGGGUAUCGGCGCCACUUAAUUAUGCAAACUCUAACAGGCGUACUGCAUGCUGUCACCAGCGCUGCAGCUGGACUGCAGGCCUGCAUGGAUCUCAUUCUUAACUGGCUCCAAUUAGUUCUGAUAGUGCAAGGUCAUCUUCACACUUGAAUGCUCCAUUAGAGUAAGAAAACUGACAUCAUUCCCAGAUUCCGAGUCACUUUUUGUGUUUUCUGUCACAUCCGUUUACCUUUUGAAUUGUCCUUAAUCCUUUUGGUACGUACAUCUACACAAAGACAAUGUGGUGGACAGGCAUUUGAUUGUUUUCCUGCUUACCUCAGUUACCUUUUGUGUCACCUAAAUACCACACAGUGAGGGAGUGGGUAGAUUGUCUGCAGCUUUCCUGUAUAUUUGAGCUUUACUGUGAAAUUAUGAUCUGAUAACGCCUCACUCCUCCAUCGCAUAAUCAGCCUAGUUCUCAGAUAGGAUGGAUUCAGCUUGAAUCACAAGAUCAUGACUUCACAGAAGCCUGGAAGAGGAAAAGACACUGUAAAGCACUGAGUGAGUGAAACACAUCCGCAGUCUCUCAACACUAUAUUUGAUUGAGAUUUUUGCGACAAGAUGUUUCAGUGGAAUUUAUCUAUAAUGACAUAAAACAAUACAUCUUUGAACGGCCUUACAGUUAUACCCUCAAAGUCAAUAGAUUUGUUUGUUAUGAAGCAGAUGCUGGAUAAUGACAUUUCAAAGAUAACAUUUGUUGAUAUGAAACUUUUUUUUGUUCCAAAAUGUUUGCAUUUUUGUCAUGUGUAUUAUGUUUGUGGUCACUGUCCUGUCUGAUGAAAUUGGAAUAUCAGUGUUUAUUCCAUGUAACGUACGAACCGUAUAUAAAUGGUAGGCAUAGAAAACGCAUUAGAGUAGUUCCUAUGUUAUAUACGAUGUGGAAGAUUGACUUUUGUUUGUUACUUUACAAGAUGAUAUCUCUGAAGCCUUACACUCUUACAGUACUUCCGUUCUACCACAUCAGACAGCACAAAUCACUUUUGCCUUUUGUGCCCUCUUUAAAAAAAACAAACUGCUGCAUUUACAUUGUUUUAUUGCACUUGCAUUCACCACCAAAUACUUGCGUACAUUCAUGUACAACUUCCUUUUUGACUUUCCUUCAACUCCAUCAUAGACAUCUAUAAACUCCAUAUGUGUACUGUGACUCACACUUAAGAACAAAUACAAUAAAAACGUAAACUGCAACUUAAAAAAAAAAAUGCUUUCCUGCAGUCACACAAAUAUCUACAGCACUUAUGCUAAGCAGUUCCAGUCAGGGAUUGUAACAGUAGUAUCGUGUAAGUGAAAUCUUGAAUGGUGACCGAUUGAUGACAUUCCUUUUUGAAUUUAUUUCCAUCGCCAUUUGGGAAUAUUUUAUUGUCUUUGUGCUUUGUAAAAUCAUGGAACACUUUUUGUUUCCCACCAUGGCACUUUUAAGAAAAGGGGAUCCAACCUGUUUCAACCCAAAGUUUAAUUCAUGUAUUCCUCUGUUGCAAUGUAAAGUCCUCUGUUUUCUUUUCUUUUUGAAGUGUACAAUCUUUUUUAUAAAUUCUCACGUUUCUCACCCAACUUGUAUACAUGAAGGUUGCACAUAGUCAUUGACACAGAGUCAGGGUUCCCUAAGAAUGUGUUUUGACAGCUGUAAAAUGUAUUUCGAACAGUGUUAUAUUGGAAGUCUUUGGAGAAUUCGACAUGUUGGACAAAAAAGCACUCGAAAUACUUGUUAUGCUGCACAGCCUGCCUUUGAAAACUAUGUUGUAAAUCGUAAAAAAAAACUAUUAAAUGAAUGUAAAUCAAA